AUGUUCCGGUUCUCUCAAUCGCACUCAGGCUUAUCGGACAGCGCCACAUCAGGUGCCGAGGUUUAUGGCAACAUGACCCUAAGUGUGGACUGUGGCUUGAUCGACAGCCUGGGUACCAACCUCGCCAUCGACCUCAGGGCGGAGCUGGCCAGUGCCUUCGGGGUAUCCGCGGACAGCGCCCUAAUCACAAACAUCAGCUGCAACGGCUUGUCGGGUAUUACCGCGUCUUAUAUGGUUCAGGUUCCAUCAAGAAGUAAUGACGAUACAUCUGAUAACGUUACCACGGUUGCCGAUGCCGCAGCCGCCACUGCCAGUAACCUCAGCUCACACAUCAGCAGUGAAUUCACGUCCCAGUGGGGACCCGUUACCACGUCACAUCUGGAGGGCAUUAUUUUAACCCCCACCGCCACACAGCAGCAGCAGGAGCAGAAGGAGCAAUCACCACAGCAGCAGUCCGAAUCUUCAGGCUUCCGAAGAGGAUAUGGUCCGUGGUUUAUACACAAGGUUUUCUCUAAUCACACGUUGUACUCUUUGUCUGGUCUUGUAGGGGUUAUGGGAAAGUGA